CUUUCGUCUUCCCUUCAAGACGGGGAGGGACGUUUCUAAAGAGAACCUCAUAUUGAGCGUCGGCGUUAUAAGAUCACAGAGCGGAACUCCUCAUUUGAUGUCCCUCUUCCCCCCUUUUGAACACCCCCCGGUCUCCUUUCCUUCUCCCUUCCUCUCCCAGUCACUUUGAACAACGAUGGUCUCCUUCUCUUCCCUGCUCUUCGGCGUUCUCGCCGCAUCAGCCACGGCAACGCUGGCCUUUGAGGUGUCUUUCCCCAAGUCGGGCGACUACUGGGUGUCGUGCCAGAACAACACGCUCAACUGGUCGGCCAACUCGACGGACCCCUCCAUCUUCUCCGUGGCCCUGCUCGCGGUGCAGCAGGGCACCGAGGUGCUGCUGAACGGCAACUACCAGGUGGCCAACUCGCUCCCCACAUCGACGGGCACGGCCGUGAUCAACCCCAAUUGCCUGCCCGCCUCGGACUCGGGCUACUACCUCGCCUUUGUCAAUUCGAGCCAGUACAGCCUCAACCAGCCGCAGGUCUACUACACGAGCCCUGUCUUUUCGCUCAAGCCAAAGGGCACGGAGCUGCAAAAGGUCGAAGCCAACACGUCGGCUGACGCUUCGUCGCAGCAGACGAGCCAGGGUGCUGUCGACGCGACGUCGAACCAGUCGACCGACACCUCAGCUACGACCUCGACAAAGACAGCCAGCUCCAAUGCUGGUCAGAGCAGCGGAGCAUCCCGCCGCGAGGUGGUCGCCGGCACUUGCCUCGGCGCCACGGUGAUGGCCGCUUCUCUUUUCAUCGCGUCCUUUGCCUAGUCACAACGCCGUACUGCCCAAUCUCGCUCCCAUCAGACUGAUGUUAUGAGCAGCCAACAUCCAGCUUAUACCACUGACUCAUCCGGACAUUCUCUUUUGUCAUUGUUAUAUCCCUAAUUGCAUCUUCUCUCUUCUUUCAUUCUCGAAAAGCAGAGCUUAUCUCAAACAGUCUUGCUCUCAAUCUAACAAUCAGAACCAUCACCUGGCGGCAUCCGUCCUUUGUCACCGCUAAGCUCAGAGGUCGGCGUGCAGAGUGAAUGAACAA